AUGUUGGACGCAGGCGAAAGUUCCCCGCGAGUGGCAAAACUGACAGCAGAGAUGAAAGUCUUUGUACAGAAUGAAAUUACGAUGUAUUCUGGUGUGACUCCCUAUCUCGUGUUUACCCGGUUGUGUUCCCAGUUGCGCGGGCCACCACCGCUUGAGACACAAGUACAAGGAUACAUGAAGCGUUGGCGAGCAAAACAUCGAGAUGACUCGACGCUACCGGUUGUUGAAAUUUGUGCACGAUCAAAGUUCGAGUUGAGCCAUCAACCGGCUCAAGACAGAUAUGGAUUACUCGUGUUUUGCGACUCUAUUUACGAAAAUGUUAACCUCGUGCCAAACAUUGGAAAUGCAUCUGAUGAAUCACCUUUUCGAAUGGGACUCACGUGCUAUUCACUGCUGGAAGCGUAUGCUACAGUGCUGGAAGAUCCUCGCUGCAUCACUAAUCUUCACGUAGAUAGCACACACAACUUGGAAGGCUGA